AUGUUUCGGCGCGGUUUAUCAGACGCAGAAAUUGCGGAUUUGAUCAAUCAUAGCGACACUCUGGAUAAUGUAGAGAGUGAUUCAGACGAUUCUGAAUGCAAUGGUGUGUUUGAAGAAGACGAGAUUGAUGACAGUUUGUCUUCAGAUGAAGACGAGAAUGAUGUUGAAGGUGUUGCUUCAAAUCCAGCAGCUGUGCCGUAUCCGAAAGACAGUGAGUGGACUGCAGUUGACACCUACCGACCUCUGCCUGUCAACACGACACCCAGGCAGAUACUAGUGGAUAUUGAUGAGUCGAGUUCUGUACUGGAUUGCAGUAAAGUGUUCCUUACUGACAGUGACGUAAAUGAACUCAAGAGACAGACAAAUUUGUAUGCAUCACAGACAAUACAGAAGAAAAGAAGAGGAAAUAAUCUGAAGCCCCAUUCAGUUUUGAGUUCGUGGAAGCCAGUGACUAUAAGUGAGAUGAGGCGUUUCUUGGGUAUUAUUUUCCACAUGUGUGUUUCGAAAAAGCCAAAAAUUGCGGACCAUUGGAGCACUAAUCCUGUUCUUAGUUGUAACUUUUGUCCCCAUGUCAUGAGCCGUUUGCGUUUCACUCAGAUACUGUCAUGCUUGCAUCUUGUUGACAAUUCAAAUCAGAAAAAACCAGGCGAAGAUGGAUUUCAUCCACUUUACAAAGUUUUGCCAUAUUAUAAUAAUUUGAAGGAGCGAUGUAUCCAGGCAUAUCGUCCCUCAGAAAAAGUGACAAUUGAUGAAGGAAUUUGCCCAUUUCGAGGUCGUGUGAGUUUCCGUGUUUACAUGCAAAAUAAGCCUCAUAAGUAUGGACUGAAAGUAUAUGCUGUUGCUGAAGCCAGUAGUGGCUAUGUUGUAAAUUUUGAAGUUUAUGCUGGUAAGCAUAUUGUUGACAAUUCUUCGUCUGCGGUUAUUUUGCGAUUGUUGUCUGACAGCAGCUUGCUGAACAAAGGCCACACUGUGUAUUUAGAUCGAUUUUAUUCCAGUCCAGAGCUAUUUCAGCAACUGGCAGAGAAAGGCACUGGAGCUGUUGGUACUGUGAACAAAUCCAGGAAAGGAUUGCCUAAAGAUUUAGUAUCUGCUAAGCUGAAAAAGGGCGAAAUGUCUUUUCGGCGUAAAGAUAAUGUAUUGGCAAUGAAGUGGAAAGAUAAGAGAGAUGUGUAUACAUUGUCUACAAGGCAUCAAGCAACAUUUGGUACGCAUACUAAGAGAAAUGGGUCUGUAGUAUUGAAACCACUUCAGGUACUUGAUUACAACCUCAAUAAAAUUGGAGUGGAUAUUGGAGACCAACGCCUGCAGUACAAUCCGUUCCAGCACAGAACUGUGAAAUGGUGGCGAAAAUUAUAUUUCCAUUUGCUGCUUAUGGGAGUAUCAAAUGCAUUUUGGCUGUACAAUGCAGUGCACAGGAAGAAAAUUACAAUAACAGACUUUAUAACAGUGCUUGCAGUUCAGCUUGUUGAAGACGACACACUUGAAUUCAUUCCAAGAAAUGAAGGAACUGUAGGUCGGCUAACAAAGAGACAUUUUUUGCAGCACAUACCUGCAACUACUAAGAAGUAUGCUGCUCGUGUGUGUCACGUGUGCAGUUCCAGGAGCAAGAAACAGAGUGGCAAGGCUUCUCGCAAAGAGACACGAUACGAAUGUGAACAGUGUGGCGUUGCACUCUGCCUGGAACCUUGCUUUAAAAUUUUCCACACUAAAAAACAAUAUGAUUCUGUGUGA